AUGACUUACCCCAUUCUUUGCUCCGGUCAUGACCGUUCUAUUAUGGAUCUGUCUUACAGCCCAGAUCCUUGUGGUGGUUUUCUUCUACUCAGUGCCAGUAUGGAUAGGCGGGCCAUUCUGAGAGAUGGAGAGAGUGGAGAUUGGAUUAGAACAUUUGCUGAACAAACUUCUUCAGUAUGGAAUUGCUCUUUGAAUAUUACUGCAACUGCUUCAACGGCUGCAACUGCCUCUCAUUGCAAUGCCAAAGUUUGGGAUCUGCAAACAGGAAAGUUGUUGCACAUAAUUCAAAGCCGGAAUCUAGUUCCAUCCUGUGCUUUCUCAAAGAAUGGGCACAGUUUGCUAACAGGAGGACUCGGCUACACUAUCCGUAUAUUUGAUUUGGAUCAUCCACAUGGAAAACCAGAAAUCUUCCGGGAGUCAAAUAAACCUCAGAGAGGAUCAGUUCUUACUGCUGCAUGGCUCCACAACGAUCAGGUCAUAUUGAGUACGUGUAGUGUUCUACAGGGUGUCAGAUUAUGGGAUCGAAGGAGUGGUAAGAUACUCCGUACACUUGAGACUGAGUCAAUCGUGAGAAGUUCAGAACUGAGUCAAGGUUAUAUCACCACUGCUGCUGGCUCUACGGUGACAUUUUGGGAUGAAACCAACUUUAGGUGCGUGAAUCGCUACAAAAUGCCAUGCAUGGUACAAUCGGCUUCUUUGUAUGGGAACAAGUUUAUUGCAGGGGGAAAUGAUGGGCUUGUUCGUUUGUUUGAUUUCCAUACUGGUGAAGAGAUUGAACAAUCUAAUAUGGGUGACUUCGGAACCGUUUUAUGUGUGCGUUUCUCGCCCGAUGGAAAAUCCUAUGCCUCGGGAUUUGAAGAUGGCACUGUUAUAAUCAAGAAGUUGUAGAUAAAAGUCGAAAGAGAAGAGGCUGUAUUGAUCAUACUGGACUUAGCUGUCCUCUAAUUAAUUACAUUAUCAUUGGCC